AUGGCCGAUGUAAAAAGACGAAAAACCUCGCGCGAUGCGCCCUCUAAACGAGUCGAGCCCGAAGAAAAAUCCGUCUCUAGCGAAUCCGAAGACGAGUCUGCAACCGUUGAAGCCGCCCCCGAUGGCGAGGAAGAACUGCCCAAAACCUUUAAAGAAUUAGGCGUCGUCGACGCGCUCUGCGAAUCUUGCGAGGCCCUUGGCUACAAGACCCCGACCGGCAUCCAGGCCAAGUCGAUCCCCGUCGCUCUGCAAGGCCGCGACGUCAUCGGGCUGGCUGAGACUGGCUCCGGCAAGACAGCCGCCUUCGCGCUGCCCAUGCUGCAGGCCCUUCUCGACAAGCCGCAGCCGCUGUUCGGCCUUGUCCUGGCUCCCACCCGCGAACUCGCCGCCCAGAUCGGCCAGACCUUCGAGGCCCUCGGCGCCCUCAUCUCGCUGCGCUGCGCCGUCGUCGUCGGCGGCCUGGACAUGGUGCCUCAGGCCGUCGCGCUCGGCAAGAAGCCGCACGUCAUCGUCGCCACGCCCGGCCGUCUCGUCGACCACCUCGAGAAGACCAAGGGCUUCUCGCUGCGCACGCUCAAGUACCUGGUCAUGGACGAGGCGGACCGCCUGCUGGACAUGGACUUCGGCCCCAGCAUCGACAAGCUGCUCAAGUUCAUCCCGCGCGAGCGCCGCACCUACCUCUUCUCCGCUACCAUGAGCUCGCGCGUCGAGUCGCUGCAGCGCGCCUCGCUGCGCGACCCGGUCCGCGUCAGCGUCUCCUCCAGCCGCUACCAGACCGUCGCGACGCUGCUGCAGCACUACCUGUUCAUCCCGCACGUCCGCAAGGACACGUACCUGGUGCACCUGGCCAACGAGUUCGCCGGCAAGUCGGGCAUCGUCUUCACGCGCACCGUGUACGAGGCGCAGCGCGUCGCCAUUCUGCUCCGCGCGCUCGGCUUCGGCGCCAUCCCGCUGCACGGCCAGCUCUCCCAGUCCGCGCGCCUCGGCGCGCUCAACAAGUUCCGCGGCGGCGCGCGCGAGCUGCUCGUUGCCACCGACGUCGCCGCGCGCGGCCUGGACAUCCCCAAGGUCGACGUGGUCAUCAACUACGACAUCCCGGCGGACUCCAAGACGUACGUGCACCGGGUGGGCCGCACGGCGCGCGCGGGCAAGUCGGGCAUCGCGAUCAGCAUGGUCACGCAGUACGACCACGAGCCGUUCUUGCGCAUCGAGGCCGCGCUCGGCAAGAAGCUGACCGAGUUCCCGACGGUCAAGGAGGAGGUCAUGGCGUUCCAGGUCCGCGUCGAGGAGGCCCAGCGCCACGCCCGCAUAGAGAUGAAGAACUUGACAGAGGCCAGGAACAGGGGCGCCACCUCGAGAAAGGGCCGCGGCGACAAGAGGAGGCGAGACGACAUGGACAGGGAGGAGCGGUAA